UGAAUGGAGAGGCACAGUCAACGUUUAAUCGUUCAACAAACCACUUGCUUCAGAGCUAGCAUUUUUAACGUGCACAACACAGACCUUCUAAAAACAAUCCUUCAAAAUGUUCAGAUUGGUGGUGUUGUCUGCUGUUUUUGCCGCUGCUGCUGCUGCCCCAAGCGCCACUUUGGUCGCUUCGGCUCCACUUGCAUACUCCCAUGUCGCUGCCGUUCCAGCUGUGGUAGCCCAGAAGGAAAUCUCCUACCAAAAGAGCAUCAUUGAGGAGCCAACCAUCACCCACGUAGGAAACAUCGAGAAGAAAAUUCCAACCGGACACUCGUACCAGAGCUUCACUCAGUACCACAACGAGCAAGUUGCUGAACAUGUGUAUGCCCCAGCCGUCAAGAAGACCAUCGUCGAGACCCCAGUCGAGAAGACCGUCUACCAAGCCGCUGCUGUGGCUACCCCAGCCAUCACCUAUGCUGCCCCAGCUCAUGUUCAGACCGCCUACGUCGAGGCUGCUCCAGCUCUGACCUAUGCGUCCGCUCCAGCUCUGACCUAUGCUGCUGCCCCAAUUGCCAAGGCCGCUUACGUCGAGGCUGCUCCAGCUCUGACCUAUGCCAAGACCUCUUAUGUCGAAGCUGCCCCAGCUCUGAGCUACGCCACUGCCUACGGAGCUCCUCUGGCCAAGACUGCCUACGUCCACAGCUACCCAACUGUCUACGGAUCUGCCCCAGCGGUUUAUGCUAAACAUUAAAAUAGUUGACUGUCAAACCAAAAUUCGAACAAUUCUAGUGAUUAUUUUUCUUUUGUUCGCUUUUUUGGAUUGUUCUGUGAAAGAUGAGAAAAAUAAAAACGACUGGAUACUAGUGUAAAUUACGAACUGA